UAUAAAACCAACCGCUCUACCUGGUCUUCCGCGAUGGCUGAGAUUAGGGUUUCAGUGGCGGCAGUUGCACGACACGAGCGAGCACGGCGGACAAGCGUCCCAUAGACGAGAUCCAUGGUGGAGCACCGAAAGAGCGUCUCCUCCAUGCCGGAGGCUGAGAACGCACGGCCAACGCGGUGGUGGCUGGCAGCGAAGCCCAAGGCGUCGGACCCGCUCGCCCGUAGCCUUGACUGCAGCCUCGACCGCACGGACUCCAUCCUCACCACCGUCCACCUCCUCCUCCACUCUAUGGCCUUCGACUCCACGACAUCUCUCUCGCUAUCUGACCCAGCCGCUGCAGCCGCUCCAGACCUGUACAUGUCCUCUGACACCGACAUCGUCUCUUCUGGUAGCAACUCGGGUGCCAGUGAUCCGCCGCGCCGGGUCAUCAGCGUGUCGGCAAGGUUCUGCCAAAAAACCAACAGCCGCCUGCGCCGGAUUCUAGAGCCCAGACUACCACUACUGUUGUCUAGCAGAAGGUCGUUUUCAGACAGCCCAAUGUCACCCAGGCUGCCAGGUCGGUCCCCAUCUCCAUGUCGUGAAAGCAGGGGCGGCGAUAGUCCAUCGAGAGGGCGCAGUUGGGAGGCAUCGCCAAAUGGGCAUAUGGUGCAGGCUCUAGCAAACGCGCCAUCUAUCAUCAAUUUUGCAGCAGAGGUGAGAAGGGAGAAAAAGGGGAAAACAGAAUCGAGGAGGCACACAUAUUGAGGCUACUGGAUAAUCGGUAUUUGCAGUGGCGAUGCAUCAAUGCUCAGACGGAUGCGACGCUUCUGGUGCAGAGCUUCACUGCUGAGGGACUGAUUGUGGCCUCACGUGAAGAGACUCUCCAGUCAUUUAAGAAGCGAUAUGCACAUGAGCAUGAACCUGUCAAAGAUCUUUUAGGUGCUGUUAAGGCUAUCAGACCAACUGCACUGAUAGGAUCAGCUGGUGUAGGUCAAAGUUUCACUAAAGAGGUGAUUGAGGCUAUGUCUUCGAUUAAUGAGGUAACCCCGGAGCAUAUUGAGAAAGGCCUGACCUACCCGCCCUUCUCCAUCAUCAGGAAGAUUUCAGCUAACAUAGUUGAAUGGCUACCCAUCUCCCUCGACCAAAAGACCCGGUGAAGUACGCUGAGAGCUGCAUGUACAACCCCGUCUACCGAUCGUACAGUUAUACGAUCAAGUGACUGGUGAUGUGAUUUGCCAUGGUGAGAAAACUUCUUACAAGAUGGGCGCAAGAGCUAUCCUAGUGGCCAUUCGCGGAGUAGGGAAGGCACUGUCGAUCUCUUCUUGAAGUCAGUUGAGUAUUUGGACUGUGCAUUUCAUCAUGUACUCAUACAUAUACCACCUCAAAGACGCCUUAUUAAUUCUGUUUUUUUAUUGCGUUAAUUUGGAGCACUGAACAUAGAAGUUCAGCGUAGAAGUUCCGUGGUAACAAUGAUGAUGACUACGUAUUCUUUUAUUAAAGCCUUGCCAAAAGAAGAUGUCCUUCUCAUAGUUGAGUACAAGAAUAAUUAUCUCUUGUAUCUUAUUGUAAAAUCUGAAACAUUUGUUCUGUAGAUGGUUAGCUUGCAUUUUAUGCUAUAAUUACCUCAAAUCAUGUGUUGCCAUUUUCACCAAUUUA